CAGUCGAGUCUUUUUCAGUCACUGGGGAGCCUGGCAGUGGCGGCACCUUUCGAGGCAGAGUCGCUGAGCCGCGAGCCCGCCGGCCAGCCAGUGCGAGGUCGGACAGACUGACGGCGGUGCCGACAGACGGACGGACAGCAGGGCAGGCAGACGGCCCGAGUUCGCCUCAAGUUCCGCCAUGAGCUGGGGCACGGAGCUGUGGGAUCAGUUCGACAGCUUAGACAAGCAUACACAAUGGGGAAUUGAUUUCUUGGAAAGAUAUGCCAAAUUUGUUAAAGAGAGGAUAGAAAUCGAACAGAAUUAUGCGAAACAAUUGAGAAAUCUGGUUAAGAAGUACUGUCCCAAACGUUCAUCCAAAGAUGAAGAGCCAAGGUUUACCUCGUGUAUAGCCUUUUUUAACAUCCUUAAUGAGUUAAAUGACUAUGCAGGACAGCGAGAAGUAGUAGCAGAAGAAAUGGCGCACAGAGUAUAUGGUGAAUUAAUGAGAUAUGCUCAUGAUCUGAAAACUGAAAGAAAAAUGCAUCUCCAAGAAGGACGAAAAGCUCAACAAUACCUUGACAUGUGCUGGAAACAGAUGGAUAAUAGUAAAAAGAAAUUUGAGAGAGAAUGUAGAGAGGCAGAAAAGGCACAACAAAGUUAUGAAAGAUUGGAUAACGAUACUAAUGCAACCAAGGCAGAUGUUGAAAAGGCCAAACAGCAGUUGAAUCUGCGUACACAUAUGGCUGAUGAGAAUAAAAAUGAAUAUGCUGCACAAUUACAAAACUUUAAUGGAGAACAACACAAACAUUUCUAUGUAGUGAUUCCUCAGAUUUACAAGCAACUGCAAGAAAUGGAUGAGCGAAGGACUAUUAAACUCAGUGAGUGUUACAGAGGCUUUGCAGACUCAGAACGCAAAGUUAUUCCUAUCAUUUCAAAGUGUUUGGAAGGAAUGAUUCUUGCAGCAAAAUCAGUUGAUGAAAGACGAGACUCUCAAAUGGUGGUAGACUCCUUCAAGUCUGGUUUUGAACCUCCAGGAGACUUUCCAUUUGAAGAUUAUAGUCAGCACAUAUAUAGAACCAUUUCUGAUGGGACUAUCAGCGCAUCCAAACAGGAGAGUGGGAAAGUGGAUGCCAAAACCACAGUAGGAAAGGCCAAGGGCAAAUUGUGGCUCUUUGGAAAGAAGCCAAAGGGCCCAGCACUAGAAGAUUUCAGUCAUCUGCCACCAGAACAGAGACGUAAAAAACUACAGCAGCGCAUUGAUGAACUUAACAGAGAACUACAAAAGGAAUCGGACCAAAAAGAUGCACUCAACAAAAUGAAAGAUGUGUAUGAGAAAAAUCCACAAAUGGGAGAUCCAGGGAGUUUGCAGCCUAAAUUAGCAGAGACCAUGAAUAACAUUGACCGCCUACGAAUGGAAAUCCACAAGAAUGAGGCUUGGCUCUCUGAAGUUGAAGGCAAAACAGGUGGGAGAGGAGACAGAAGACAUAGCAGUGACAUAAAUCAUCUUGUAACACAGGGACGAGAAAGUCCUGAGGGAAGUUACACUGAUGAUGCAAACCAAGAAGUCCGUGGGCCACCUCAACAGCAUGGUCACCACAGUGAGUUUGAUGAUGAAUUUGAGGAUGAUGACCCCUUGCCCGCUAUUGGACACUGCAAAGCUAUCUACCCUUUUGAUGGACAUAAUGAAGGUACUCUGGCAAUGAAAGAAGGUGAAGUUCUGUACAUUAUAGAGGAGGACAAAGGUGAUGGAUGGACAAGAGCUCGGAGACAGAAUGGUGAAGAAGGUUACGUUCCCACAUCGUACAUAGACGUAACUCUAGAGAAAAACAGUAAAGGUGCAGUAACUUAUAUCUAAACUAACCAGGCAGCUUUGUGCCGUGUAUGACACAGGAAUGAUAACAUAAAUGAAAACACAUUCAACUGGUUGGAAAAAAUAAAAAAACUUAAAGGGCAUCUAAGAUUUAUUGUUCACUAUGUGAGCUGUGUAGGCUUAAUCUAAGAGAUGUAACUAUUACCACAAGAACUGUUUUUGUGGAACUUUACUGUUUAAUGUUGGUGUGAAGCUUAAUUGAUGCCUUUUGCUUUAUGUCCUGCUUAAGUCUUUGUGAAGGAUUUGUGUUUUUCUGCCUUACAAAUAAUAUAAUUUGAUUUAUUGGGCAGGAAUCCAUAAAUAGUAUGCUUCUCUGCCUCCUUUCCUUCAGAAAACACAGUGACUGUAGUGAAUUCAAAUAAGUAAAACUGCUCUGAAAUGCUGUGGAAAGCUGACUCCCCAAAGAGUGCUUUGAUCUAGGAAUUUAAAUUCAUAGCUACAGUUUCUAGGAAGAAAGUAAUAGUUGGAUAAUUGGGUAAAAUAAUAAUAUCAUUUUCAUUUUCUUCCCUAUUUUAACUUUGAUUUCCUAAAGGAAGGAAAUAAGCACCUAACAUAUAAUCUAUUUAAGUAGUAGGCUAAUCAAGAGAUUUGCAAAAUAAAUCACCUGGUCUAACUUUUAGGUGAAUAAAAGUUUUCUUUUGAGACCUGGAAAUAUUUUGAGAUUUACCAGCAAUUUUCAAUAAUGUAAAAGCUUCCUUCCAAAUUAAUUUAUGUUUCUAUUUUUCGUCUUGAAAAUGUCUUUUGGGAAAUAUCACUUUAAUGAUUAUUUAGCAUUUAGCAGCUAUACAUAGGAAAAUAACUUGUUAUAUAUGGGAAAAUAUAUAUUUGAAGGUGGAGGAAAUCUUGAAUGGAAGGGAAAGUUUACUUUUUUAAAAGAGAAACAACUUUUUUGACUAACUAGGUUGGAGGAAGAUAUCUGUACCACCACCAUUUUAGAGCAUUUCAUUAUUUUAGUUGGAUCACCAGUUACUAGGAUAGAUCAUUUUUUCCAGUUAAUUUCAAUAAGCAUUUGUUGGAAACACUGUAUAAUCAAGGAUUGUGCGGUCCUAGUUGUGUGAUGACACCCUGAAUUAUUUGUGUGGGGAAGUAAAGUGAGGAAGCAGUAAGAUUUUGCUCAUAUUUCAAAAUUUUCUGGAGUUUUCAGUAACUGUAAAAGAUUUUAGAGACAUUUUGGACAGACACUUUAAACUGAACACCCCGUUUGGUCUUACCAAAGGUCUUCAGUAAUUGUUCUUUUCUUUUUCCUCCUGGACUGCAGGUUCCUGAAGAGGGUUUCUGAGGAAAUGGGCAAGAUGUUGAAGGAGGUUACAUGCAGCUGCUUUUGGGGGAGGGUAUUAGAGUUGUCAGGCUCAAAAGAGAGAGUGACAAAAGCAAGUUGCAUGAGUGCAUGCAGACAUGAUUAUUUUUUACUAACUUCAUUAGCAUUUUCAUACAUUGUUUUAAAAAAUCAUUGUAAUGCCAGUUCUUAAAUUCCUAGUUCACAAUUAUUCACACAAAAGAAAACAGCCAACAGUGGCUGACUUUUUUCCCCAUUUAUUUUCCUGAUGUCCAAUCAGUAAAGAAUGCAGAGCUAUCAUAAAAUUUGUCAUACAUUUGACUGUCCCAACAGGACUGCCUCUAUCCCAGCUCUGUUUUAAUUGUCUUUUGGACCCCUUGUCUGUUAGCUCCUUGCCAUUUGUCAGUGUCUGCCUGUGCCACCUCCGUGCUUGCUUAACAUCCUGUUGCAUGUCUAGAGUGAUCGGGCUAGAUUUUUCAGGCAUGUCUUUAUAAUCCCUUGUUCUUGUCAAAGCCUUUGUUUUGUUUUACAUUUGUAGUGCAAAUCUCUUUGUCAAACAUCUCCAGCACUAAUGUUGCCAUCCUAGUAUUUGUGUAUGCUGCUAUAACUUCCCCACUGCAAACAUUCCAGUUUUCGCAUUAUGAAGAAGUAGUCUGUAAACCUGAAGUAUUUAUGAUGAGAAAAAGAAAACAUCUCUGCUCUAGCCUACAGCCCAGUUGAAAGAACUCUUUGAAAUGUGAUACGUUUUCAGCACCUCAGUCUGGGAAGAAUCUAUAGUCAUCACUGAAAUCUUGGCAUAAUAAACACAGAAGAUACUCACCACCUCAAGACAAAGGACUAUUGUCAAAAGUCAGCUGCUUCCAUUCAAAUGCUGCCUUAAACUAGAGUGCCUAAAUCUGUUGAUUGCCAACACUACCACUACAGUAUCCCACAAAGGGCUUUAUGUGUCAGCUCAGUGCGACCUCCUUUAACUCUGCUGCACUGUUGCAGCUGCCGAUGUAGCCUCGGUAGGUGGCUGUUAGAGCUCCACCAUGUACGAUGGUGCAUCUUCAAAUUUAUGCAUCAAACUAAAGACAUGUCCCAGUCCAUUUUACUUUACUCAGUGUUUUUAUGAGAAGUUUUGUGGACCUCUCCCCAUUGUCUUUUUAUUUGGGGUUAUGACGAUCUCAUUUGAUUAUUACAAUGAUAGUCUUUCAAGUGAUGCUUUUGUUUGAAUCUGAUAAAAUUUAGUGUAACUUUGUAAUGAUCUAUGUGCACUUUUACUUGUAAAAUGGAAAUUUCCGUAUGUUUAUACUUGUAAAUAUAAUUGUUGUCAGUGCCCCGUUGCUCACGUUGUCCUGCUUCGCAUUUGUGAUUCUGUUUAAUGACUUGUAAUCUUAACUAAUUUCUUAGUGAUGUUGUAAUAGGGAGAUGGGUGGGGGUGGGGGGCUAUUUGUACCACUGAAGCUUCAUUAAUUUGGUUCUUUACUGUUUUGAGGGGAGAAAGAGAACGUGAAAUGGUUUGUGUACUAUUGGAUUUUAAGCAAUAUUUUAGAAGCUAUGUGACUGCUUUAAUAAUUUUUCCCAGUGUUAUUUGAAUCAUACUACCAGUUAUACUAAAGCUGAAUGACAAUUGUGCAAAAGUUAAUGCCUUCAUAAGAUCAAGUACACCACUGUACACAGCUGAGAUAUAGCAUAUUACCUUUGAUGCUAGUAAACUAUAAAGUUUAGAUAUCGAAUCUCAUUACAGGGUUAUUUAUAUAAUGUGACAUUAUUCAAUACUGACAGACUACAUGAAGUAGUUUUAAAAUCUAGUGCUAUUUUUAUUUUAAAGGUUAGCAAUGAGGAGGAAAUGUGAUCUGGUUGUGUUUGUCUUCUGUAUAAAGCCUGAAGUGCUUAUGUUUUUUUGGCUAACAGUCACAGAGGGCAAAGUUUAAGGCUUUCUUGUAAGGACUAACUGUUCUUUUCAAGCUACUGUUUGUUUUUCUAAAAGCAGGAUUUGCUUCCGUAGGAGGCAAGUUCCUUCACGUGGAAUAGUGCAACCUGUAUAUGGGUUAUUAAAAUAGCAAAGACAUUUGUACUUGCACAGUUUAAAUCAUUCUUAAAUCAUCCUUAAAUUUUGAACAUGUGAAUUGUGCAAAAGAAAUCUUUAAUUUUUCAGUAAUUUUUACUCUUUGUGCACAUGUUGAUUUCCUAAUGGUAAAUGCUUUGUUUAAGAUAGUGUUCUCUGUUGAGAAUAUUUUCAUGGAAUAAAACAAUCUUUUCAUGGCCAGUUAA